CAGGAUUGGUCGUAAUUCUCUGAUAUUAACCAAGUUAAGCUUUUUACAUUGUUUUUGACUGUCCCCGUUUUAAGCCCUCAUGCUAGCACUUCUAAAUCGAUCGGGAUAUUUAUAACCGCUAAUAUUACCCGAUUAUGGUUAUAGGGGAAAAAAUGACCAAUUUAAUGAACACAACUCUUCCGGGUUUAGCUCAUCGUCCCGAUUUGGACCUCCAACAUGAUGUUUCACAAACGUAUACUGUACCGAUUACGUGAUCAAAAACUGACUGUUUUCUGACCUGACGCACGUCUGCGCGUCUUCGCUGAUUGGCGGCAGCUUGAAGUCAGUGCGGCGUCGAUGUGCCUCCUAUUUGUUGCCAAUCCCCCCCACCGCCCCCCCCCAGUCCUCCUCUUCGCUACAUCGUUGGCCGCAUUCCGAGCGACGGUCGCGGGGACGGGUCGACGCUGGAGAGGCACGUGUGAACCACGAGAGGACGCUUGCUCCGCAGACAGGAGCGCCACUGUCGCAGAGGACUAUAGAAGGGCGCUGGAGAGGAGAAGGGACGAAGACGGAGAGCGCAUCUGCUGUGAUUUAUUUUGGGGCCACUGGGAUUCUCCUUCAAAGUGCGGAGGGGAAAGACGCGCUGCGACAUGUUUGUAUCCCGAACAGGACCGUGUCGGAAUUACCUGGCGUGGGGCAACAUGUGAUGGAUUUUGGCGACGUUUCAAUUCUCUUUUUGGGGGGUCUGGACGCUAUAUGACGUCUGUUUUUUUUUAAAUAGGACGGUACACCAUAUUUAAGCUAGCUCCUUAUUCCGAAAUAUUGAAAUGUGUUCCUCGAGUGCGUCCGGUGUCGUCCUGGCAUCCCCCUAGAGUUUUUUGCGGUAUAUAAGACCCCCCCCCCCCCAAAAAAAAAACUACCUCCGAACCUCUUACGUAAAUGUUUGCGUGCAGUUAGUGCCCCGGUUGUCGGUUGAACCCCCCUCCGCCCCUUUACCCGCUCCUGCAGAAUCCACCCUCAGACACUCAUCCUGUGCACACGUCGACUCACCUAAGCAUACAAACCAUGUCUACAUAAUAGCACAGACAGACCCCCUCCACGCCCCCCCACCACCACCGCCACCAACUGAUGAGUCCGUAUUAUAUAGGUGGACGUGGCACGGACUCGGCUGUAGCAUCCUUCUCUUCCUCCUCACCACCAGAGCUGCCGCUGUUUUCAGCGUUCACUUCCUCGCCACCAUGUCCUCGUCGUCGCGCAAGAUCUCCUCAGAGUCUUUCAGCAGCUCGGUGGGCUCCGAUUGCGGGCUAGAAAGCCCCGGGGGGGAUGGAGGGGACGGCGGGCUGGAGGCGGCCGAGGAGCUCCGAGGGUGUCCCUUCUCUUCCUUCCCCAGACCGCUCCUCUGGAACGGUCGCAGCCCCGCCGAAAGGCUCGUGUGCCCGGCGAGUGGGGAGCAGCCUGGAGUCGGCGGGCCACACAAGAGGGUGACCAGGAGGAGAAGGGUCAACCUGGAUUCGCUUGGCGAAAGCCUGAGACGGCUGACAUCACCCACAACACAGACUGUUCAAGAGGCCCUGCAGAGGACGCUGAGGUUUUACAGGCAACACGAGAUCAGGUGUCCAGAUUCGAGUCAGGAGGACCAGCGAAGGGACAUUACAGAAGAGAAGUGCCCAUUUCUAGAAAAUUGUGGUUCAGAAGAGGGUGUCCUUCAAAUCCUGCAGUACACGGCCACCUUACUAGGAGUCCCAUUCUUAGAGCUGCGUGAGCAUUUUGGCGAGGAGUUCUUCGGCCUGUGCUUCGAAGAGAACGAACGUGUGCUCAGGGCCGUAGGUGGCAACCUCCAGGACUUUUUUAACGGCUUCGAUGCCAUUUUGGAACAUAUUCGCACCUCCACGGGUCGCCGGGCGUCAUCGGAAAGCCCUUCCUUUCAGUGCAAGGAUCCCCAUGAGGAAGAGAAGGGCCGAAGAAAAUUGGAUCAAGAGCUCGGAUCACAAGACAGAGGGAAGUUGUUGUUACUACAUUGUUUUAACCCGGCCCCUGUGGUGGGAUUGAUCAUGCCCGGGCUCAUCAGAGCCGUUUCCAGACGCAUCUUUCAUUCCGAAGUGGAAGUAGAAGAAGUGUCCCCCCUGACUCCUUUAUUGCCCAAAGAAGAUGCAGAUCACAGCUAUGCUGAUUCCGCCACACCAACUCCAACUGCAUCCCCAUCUGGCUCGCCCUCCUCCUCACCUUCUCCACCCUCGGCUUUCCCAAGCACUGCUCCCACAGUUUGCGUGUCCUUCCAAAUUCAAGAGACGUGUCCUUCCUACCCCCUGCCAAACGCUGUCCCCGUGUGUCCCAAGAAAGCUUCCUCAUCACUUUCAACCAACCCCAGUGAUCUACGCAUCGGCCUGGCCACAUUUUGCCGUGCCUUUCCAUUUCACCUCGUUCUCGGCCCUCGGAUGGAACUUUUGCAGCUCGGCGAGGGAUUACGGAGGCAGGCUCGCAUCGAGCCUCACCGGACUCUCUCGUUCAGGGACUGUUUUGAGAUCAUCUCGCCCAAGAUGGAGCCUUCAUUCCAGGGGAUCCUACUGAGGCUUGCAUCCCCUUUUACUAUCCGUACUAGACCGGACACCACACAACUGGGGACCAAGGAAAAGGUCAUGGAGUUGAAGGGUCAGAUGAUCCACGUGCCAGAGUCGUGCUCUUUGAUGUUUCUGGGCUCGCCGCGUGUUGACAAAUUGGAAGAACUCAUGGGCCGAGGCCUCCACCUGUCAGACAUCCCCAUCCACGAUGCCACACGGGACGUCAUCUUGGUGGGGGAGCAGGCCAAAGCUCAGGACGGCCUCAAAAAGAGGAUGGACAAACUCAAGGCCACAUUGGAGCGUACUCACCAGGCGUUGGAGGAGGAAAAGAGAAGAACCGUGGACCUCCUCUAUUCCAUAUUUCCAGGCGAUGUGGCGCAGAAACUGUGGCAGGGUCAACCGGUGCCCGCUCGCAAGUUCGAUGACGUCACCAUGCUGUUCUCCGACAUCGUGGGCUUCACGGCCGUGUGCGCGCAGUGCACGCCGAUGCAGGUCAUCUCCAUGCUGAACGAGCUGUACACUCGCUUUGACUACCAGUGCGGCAUUCUGGAUGUCUACAAGAUAGAGACCAUAGGUGACGCCUACUGCGUGGCGGGGGGUCUUCACAAGAAGGUCGACAGCCACGCAAAGCCCAUCGCGCACAUGGCUCUGAAGAUGAUGGAACUUUCUGAAGAAGUGCUCACACCUGAUGGCAAGCCUAUUAAGCUGAGAAUUGGCAUCCACACAGGCUCCGUCCUGGCUGGUGUGGUUGGAGUUAAAAUGCCAAGGUAUUGCCUUUUUGGGAACAACGUGACUCUGGCUAGCAAGUUUGAAUCAGGGAGUCACCCGAGGUGCAUCAAUGUCAGCCCUACAACCUACCAGCUGCUAAAAGAUGACCGAUCAUUUUCCUUCGUCCCUCGUUCGCAACUGGAGCUCCCUGAGAAUUUUCCCAAGGAGAUCGCAGGAACCUGUUAUUUCCUGGAGGCGGGAACCUCUCACAGCCAUGCGUCGCUGACCAGCUCUCGCUCCGCCCCCCCGGCCUCUAUGAGGAAAGUGUCCUACAGCAUCGGGACCAUGUUUCUCAGAGAAACAAGUUUGUAGUUGGGUCACAAAGGAUGCGGCAGACCGGAAUCGAACACGUGGAGCCGACAGGACGCCCAAUGGCAACCAUUGUGGAUAUGCAAAUGACAACCUGGAACUCAUUGCUCCGGGACGGAAGAACAUACGAGGAAUGAUUUUCAUUCCAGAUGAUUCCUACAUGGGCGACUUGGUGGAGAAAACCGAAUUUGUUUACCUUCAGGGGAACCACCGAGCCCCUCAAGGAAUCAAGCUCUCCUCUGCGGUCUUCAUUUUUCACACGAAGAAGGUCUUGAAGUCCUGAUGCUUGGAGAAGAUCUGGAUGUGUCAGUUGAAUCGUGAGGAGGAUUUCCACAACCAACCAUGAAGGAGGCGCUGUGAACGACCCGGAGGACCACGAGUGAAGAGCAACACACACCUCCCUCCAUCCAACCGACCAAAUUCAUGUCCCACGUUCCAUAAACUGUUGGUGUGCAUUGCACUCCCCCAGGGAAUGGUUGGAUGUGACAGAGGAGAGGCCGGCGAGAAGCAACAAUGAGUGGAUAGUUCUGAAAAAGAAAAAAGUUUGAUAAUAGAGGAAAAUAAUCAUGCCAAAAAAUGCUAGAACGAGAGCCUUUUCUUUUUUUUUUUUUUGCUUCUAACUCACAGUGAACUGCAGUCGACAACGAUCCAGACAUUUCAUUGCAGCUAAUAUGUUCUAAAGUGUCCGUUUGAAAGCGAUUCUCAGCUCAGUGCCUUUUCUGCUCAAUAUCAGGAGAAAAAAAAGAAAAACACGCAGGAUGGAUUGAUUUCAGAUAUAGGAGGGGGGGGGGGGGAUGCCGCACAUUAACACACUGGUCCUGAACUUUUUUCCUCCAGACAUUUUGGUGUUUUCAUCCUCUCUACCCUGAGAAAGAUUCUGAACAAUGAGAGCGCUCAUGGGUCGGCCACAUAUAUAUUGAACAUCACCACUGUAGGUACAGGCAAGUGGCGGCAAUUCUUUUGAUUCGUCAGAGGGGAGAACGGAAGGGGAAAAAAAUCAUGAAGUGCACUUCAUAGGUUCUAAAAAUGUCAAAUUACAGUUAUUCA